AUGAUUGAAUCGUGUUGGCUAAGGAUAAUCUUCUUUCAAUAUCUUUUUGGGAAUGUUCGAACCAAUUGGCCAUCGUUGAACUCAUCUAAUAUUGAUUUGUUGGGUAUCUUUCCCUACAUAGCCAAUCAAUCCGAGCCGACACAAUGGUCAAUUCAAUCUCAUGCGAUGUUCAAAUCAGCUAUUCUACUUUCUCAUCAAUACGAUAUACGAAUCGGAGGAGAACUGGUCGGCUAUGAAACAAUCGAAAGCAAGGGCGAUGUUGUUACUGCUUUCGGUGACACGUGUGAAUUUGUUUCGAAUUCAACAAUAAUUGGUAUCGUCGGACCAUCAUUCUCACGCGAAUCCCAAUAUCUCGGUCCACUCCUUGGAAAAAUCGGUAUUCCAUUCAUUUCAUAUAGUUCAACUGAUCCGCAACUAUCCGAUCGACAUACAUAUUCGUCGUUUUACCGAUUAGUUCCAUCGGAUAGCAUCGCUGCAUCUGCAAUAGCUGACCUAUUCCUUCAGUACGAGUGGACAGCUGGAAUAAUCAUAUGCCAAAGUGAUGUUUUCGGAUCGAACGGUGCCAAAUCAAUUUCCGAUGAAUUCACACGGAGAAAGCUAAGCAUUACCACAACAGUACAAUUUGAUAUAAACACGUACGAAAUCAAAGGUGAUUUAACGUCAAUUCUGACCUUUAGCUCAACACGAAUUAUACUCGUAUGGGCUGAACCAUUCUAUAUAAAUAUGAUCUUGGCAGAAGCACUUGAGAGGAAUCUCGUCGGUCCACAAUUCCUCUGGAUAUUAAGUACACCAAUUUCAUUAAACUACUUCAAUAAAACAUUCAACGAAAAUCUGAAUGGAAUAUUUGUUAUCGAGUCCGUUACUGGCAAUGUGGUCAAUGCGCCAACCAACGACACUUUAUUGAAGUCUGCAUAUGAAAUUUGGCAAAGAUACGAACCAGAGACGUUUCCUGGCUCACAAAAUGUGAAUUAUUUUGCCCUGUUUGCCUUCGAUGCCACGUGGACAUUGAUAAAAAUGUAUGAAAAAUUCUGUUCGAACGUUUCAUCAUCAUGCAUUGAGUUUCUCAAUAAUGCAUCCUGCUUCGAUCAACACUUACAAAAUUCGGACUCAAUGCUCAAUCUAAUGAACAAUAUGAACUAUCUCGGUGUAUCAGGUUUAAUUGAAUUUAAUGAGAAUACAGCUGACCGAGUCACCGGCAUUUAUUAUAUUAUAAAGAAUCUACAACUAUCUUCGAACGUAUUGAAUUAUGUUCCGAUUUUAGUAUGGUCACACGCAACAAAUUGGAAUUUUUAUUCGCCAACUAGUGUGAUCAUAUGGCCAGGUAAUUCUCUAAUCGCACCAUCCGGUUCUGCUUCGCUUCAAAAUGUUCAUCUACGAUUAGUCGUCACCGAAACUGCACCAUUCACCAUGUCAUCGCAAUUCUUCAAUGAAUUUCAACAAAGUAAUACGAAACUAGUUGGUUACAUACCUGAUCUUAUCGAACUGUUGAGAGUUCAAUUAGGGUUUAUACCAGAGAUAACAUUAAUAGCAAACAAAACAUUCAAUGAAAUUAUUGACUUAGUUGCCAAUGAUGCCUACGAUCUAUUUCUCGCUCAGACAACAAUCACUGCUGCACGAAGCGAAAAGGAAAGAAUUAAAGACUGA